CCAGAUCCGCACUGUUAGCUGGGACGAUGGCCGAGCUGUGGAACCACACCACCGUGCCCUCUGUGAACCGAUCGAGUGCGGGUGGGAGCCGCUUCAGCAGCCUGGAUGACAUCGACCUGCCGGCGGACGGAUCCCCGACCUUACGGAUCCUCAUCUCCAUCGUGUACUCGGUGGUGUGCGCGGCGGGUAUGGUGGGCAACCUGCUGGUCUUCUUCCUGAUGAAGAUCCGCCGGGGCAAAAAGAAGAGAUCCAGCAUCAACCUGUUCAUCCUCAACCUGGCCGUGACGGACUUCCAGUUCGUGCUGACCCUGCCCUUCUGGGCGGUGGACAUGGCUCUGGACUUCAGCUGGCCGUUCGGACACGCCAUGUGUAAGAUCGUCCUGUCCGUGACGGUGAUGAACGUGUACGCCAGCGUCUUCUUCCUCACCGCCAUGAGCGUCACCCGCUACUGGUCCGUGGCCUCGGCGCUAAAAGACCGGACCAGGGCCAAGGUGUGCCCGGUGCGCUGGGUGAUCGCCGUGCUCUGGGCCUCGGCCACGGUGGCCUCUGCGCCCACCGCCGUCUUCUCCACGGUGAAGAACGUGGCCGGGGACAAACUGUGCCUGCUGGGCUUCCCGGACGGCGAGUCGUGGCUGGCGCUGUACCACCUCCAGAAGAUCCUGGUGGCCUUCGUGUUCCCCAUGCUGAUCGUGUCCGUGUGCUACCUGCUGCUGCUGCGCUUCGUGCGCCUGAGGAGCAUGAACAACAACCAGGUGAAGCGGAGGUCCAGGGUGACCCGCUCCGUCACUAUCGUCGUGCUCUCCUUCUUCAUCUGCUGGAUGCCGAACCACGCCAUCACCUUCUGGGGCGUCCUGGUCAAAUUAAACGUGGUCAACUGGGACAGGAACUAUUACAUGGUGCACACGUACGUGCACCCGGUGACCGUGUGCCUGGCGCACACCAACAGCUGUCUGAACCCGGUGCUCUACUGCCUGAUGCGCAGAGAGUUCAGGAAGAAGAUGAAGGAGCUGUUCUGGACCAUUUCCUCUCCGACCGGACCGAACUCGUGCCACCUGCGUCCAUUCUCCGGGACGGUGAGAGCGGAACCGGACGACGCGCAGAUCGCCAUCCCCUUAAAUAACGCGGAGACGGAAAACUACAGACUGUCUGUUCUGACUGAGCAGUGCGACACGGACACGCUGCCGAGGUAAAAAAAAA